AUGACUAACAACUCGGUGGUGAGAACGAGUCCGAUCUUUGGUAAUCUCUGCACCGGCGCGAAGGUACUCCGGCCCAGAUUCGAGAUUGCGUACGAUCCCCAUGUCGAUCCCAACCCUACCGGGUAUGAGACAAAGCCAAAAGAUUCCAAAUCUUCAAAGGGCGCUAGCCGCUCUGCACCAAUCACUGCCCCCACUCAAACGGUUCAUGUUCUGGGUAACGGCCCACGGGGAGUGGAGGAGGGAUCAAGCCUGCGUCCGGUGCGGAUGAGGGUUAGCGGCGGCCAAUGGGCGCCACCAGCCAAGGGUGAGGCCAAAAGUAGGAGGGUUACAAAUUCCUCCUACUACUGA